AUGGAAAAACUUAUUAGUGAUAGCACAAUUCUUCAAUGGCGUAAAAAAUGCAUGAAGGAAAUGAUGGCUAAGACUCAAGAAGCACCAGAAUUUGGUAAAGUCUUGGAUUUAUUAACAGGGGAUGACUUUUUAGUUGCCGUUGAGAAUGAAAAUCCCAAUGUAACUGUGAUUGUGCAUGCUUAUGAACACAAUGUGCCAACAUGUUCAAUAAUGAACUCAUACUUGAAAGUUCUUUGUCAUGAAUUUCAAAAAACAAAAGUUUGUAAACUAAUUGGUUCAAGUGCUGGUAUGAGUUUAAACUUCAAAAUGUGUGGUGUUCCAGCUUAUUCAUAUAGAGCAGGACAACUUGUUGGAAACUUUGUGCGGAUUACAGAUGAACUUGGUGAUGACUUUAACCUGUGCCUGACUUCCAGACACCAUGAAGUGGGAAUUUAUCAGUCUGUUUCGACAUAUUGUUUUUAA